AUAACCCCCUCCUUUUAGCUUGAUUAACUGCCACCGCCUUACUUUACUACUUUUUAUCCUCUCUCUCUCUCUCUCCUCCUCUCCUUGAAAUAUUUUUUGUUCUGUUAUUGUUCCUUCCUUAGAUAUUGGAGGUAUUAUUUGUUCUGUAUUUGUGUCUGCAAUUUGUACAGACACAAAUAUGCAAGUUUUGGGUUGUGUAUUAUUCAAUUAGUUCUCAUCUUUCUCUUCUUGAAAGUUACCGGCUUUGUUUGGGGGGAAUUCUGAGAAAUUUUUACAGAAAAAUGGAUGACGAGUAUGCUAAGCUUAUCAGGAGGAUGAACCCACCCAGAGUUGUAAUUGACAAUAAUGCUUGCAAGGAUGCAACUGUUAUCCAGGUUGAUAGUGUCAACAAGCAUGGGAUUCUCCUGGAAGUUGUCCAAGUUCUUACUGAUUUGAACCUCGUUAUUAGGAAGGCGUAUAUCUCAUCUGAUGGGGGUUGGUUCAUGGAUGUGUUUAAUGUGGUUGACCAAGAUGGGAAUAAAAUUAGAGAUGAAGGGGUCAUCAAUUACAUCCAGAAGACACUUGAAAAUGAUGACUUCUUUAUCUCCCCGUUGAGAGGAGAGUCUGUUGGGGUGAAGCCUUCUGAAGAGCACACCUCCAUUGAACUAGCCGGUACUGAUAGGCCCGGUUUGUUGUCUGAAGUCUGUGCUGUUCUUACGGACCUUCAUUGUAAUGUGGUAAAUGCAGAGGUAUGGACACACAAUUCUAGAGCUGCAGCGGUAGCUCAUGUGACAGAUGAUUCCACUGGGUACGCAAUAAAUGACCCAAAGCGGCUCUCAACAAUAAAGGAACUGCUCUGCAAUGUUCUUAAAGGAAACAAUGACUUGAAGACUGCAAAAAUGAUGCUUUCGCCGCCAGGGGCUACUCAUAGGGAGAGACGAUUACAUCAAAUUAUGUUGGCUGAUCGGGACUAUGAAAGAGCUGAAUAUGGGAGAGUUGGGGAUCUGAGUUUAAGACCACAUGUAACUGUGAUGGAUUGUAUUGAGAAGGAUUACACAGUGAUUACUAUGACAUCGAAGGAUCGGCCAAAGCUGUUAUUUGAUACUGUGUGCACUUUAACAGACAUGCAAUAUGUAGUCUUUCACGGUGUAGUUCACACGGGGAGGAUGGAAGCCUUUCAGGAAUACUAUAUCCGACACAUUGAUGGGUUCCCUAUAAGCUCUGAGGCUGAGCGAGAACGCGUUGUGCAGUGUCUUGAAGCAGCCAUUGAGAGACGAGCCUCCGAGGGACUGGAGCUGGAACUAUGCACAGAAGACAGGGUUGGACUCCUCUCUGACAUUACCAAGAUAUUCAGGGAGAACAGUUUGUGCAUAAAAAGAGCAGAAAUUUCGACAAAAGGUGGGAAAGCCAUAGACACUUUCUAUGUCACGGAUGUGACUGGGAAUGCAGUCGACCCCAAGACUAUCGAUUCCAUUUGCCAACAUAUUGGACAGCCCAUAUUGCGUGUUAAACCUUCACCAAAACCCCCUCAAGAAGAGACAGCAAUGAGCUUCCUCUUUGGGAACUUGUUCAAAGCGCGAACAUUCCAAAAUUUCAAACUGAUCAGAUCCUACUCUUGAUAUUUUCCUGCAUAUACAGUUUGUGGAAGUAGAACACAUGCAGAUAUGUCAGCUGUUUAGUCAGAAUGAAAAUUACUGUAAAGAAAUUGAAGAACACCAUAAAUACAGACUUCCCUGCACUGUAAAAAUUAAUGACGGGCCUAGUCUAUCUCUGUAUAUCUAUCUUAGUGUCCAGUGAAUAAACUGCGUACAGAGUGAUUUUAUUUUGGGUUGUAAAGUAAUAUACAGAUUGUACAGAUAAUUGAAGUCUAUGAUGUAUUAGUGUAAAUAUUGAUUUUAAA